AUGGUCGAGUGUAACGGAAAAAUACCAGUUUGCCUCAGCUACAAUCUGGGGCCGAUUCCUAUCGAGGGUGCUGAUGAGACCCAAGCGAGCUGCAGUUGUGCAUCCGUCACACUUUUCCUAUUGCAGAUUGGUCUCCUUUCACUUGAUCAACCGAAGCCGGAGUGUACACUCUUCCGUACAGGCAAUGGCUCUAGGUUCAUGUGGCCUACUGGGGCGGGCGUCUCCGGAGUGCAUGAAUUUAUGGACGUUUAUGGGACUCAGAGAAGGUUGGAGACGCAAUUGAGUCGAGAUAGGAAUCGUGAUUGA